UCGCUUUGUGUGAGUUCUCUCCGGCAAAAUUUGCAAAUCAUUCUAAGUUGAAAUCGGCUGAGUUGUUACUUACUUUGAUCUUAACGCUAAACUAUAGUGCUCAAAAUGGAGAACUCACAGCCUGAAGUCCCCAAGCCGAUCCCAAUGUACAUGGAGGAUAACAACGUUUACAAAUAUUUAGCGAUGACCCCGUCCCACCUCUCGACCAUUAAGCUCGAGCAGGGAGUGUUCGUCAAGCUGUGGAUGAAGACCAACGGCGAGAAGAAGCUGCUGGCCGUUUUGUGUGAGUCUGAACCAAUGGCGACUCUGGACAUCCAAAUGGACCAUAAAGCACAGCUAUACCUGGAAUGCGAUGGCCCCUCGCUUGUGGCUUUGGUGGGAUACUGUCCUACCUUUCCAAUGUACCGUAACAUUCAGUCAUUCUUCUACUGCACCCCAAAGGAGUUCUCGUAAGCCCCUAACAUGAUGUU